AUGACAUUGGUGUGCUCGGGUUUCCCAGCUGGCCCUUCCAUGAGCACCAACCCUUUUUAUUUGACCUGCCAGCUGUAUGGGCAAUGGGAUUCGUGCCUGGUGCUGCUGAGCAGCUGCCUCUCCAAGGUGGGCAGGGGUGAGGAGCUGCCCCUUGGGAAGCCUCUCCUGGAGUCCCUUCUCCACAAAAGGUCCUUCCGCAACGGCGUCGGAGCGGGAAUUAAAAAAACUUCCUUCCGAAGGGCAAAGUCCUGAGCAAAUGUCCCAAAGCCCGGCCCAGGUUUUGACGUUUGAUGUCAAAAGUUCUUGCUUUGAGUUCCUUUUGAUGCUUU